AGCAAAAAACAAAAGACUGCAAGAAUAUGGCAUCACCAGCAGCGAAUAGGCAGUCGAUCACAACCCCAAAUUCAGGGCAAUGGACUACUGGUCUCUUUGAUUGUUUUGAUGAUUCUAGUAACUGUUUCAUGACAUGGUGCUGUCCUUUUAUCACCUUUGGCCGAAACGUGGAGAUUAUAGAUAAAGGAAAAACAUCUCCUGCUGACGCAGCCCGAACUUACUACAUACUAGGCAGCUUUGGUUUUGCAUUUUGUUACUCGUAUCCGUAUCGAAAAAAACUAAGGGAACAAUUUUCACUGAAGGAACAACCAUGCGGUGAUUGCCUUGUUCACUGCUGUUGCAUCCAAUGUGCUCUUUGUCAAGAGCAUAGAGAGCUUAUAAACCGUGGUUUAGACCCCACUAUUGGUUGGGCAGCCAAUGUAGCAAGAAUGAUCCAAAACGAGAAAGUAGCGCCUGUAGUUGAAGCGGGGAUGAACCACGUGGCUCCUUAA